CCACCUCUACCCAAAUUCAUUGAAGAUUCCAGUUGAAUGCUAGUCAGUGGUCCACAAAAAUAAUUGUUUUGCAGUGAAAAAUACUUGAUAAAUUACAAGUUGGGCGUACGCAGCGGGCGCACAAGAUUUCUGCAUUCGAUCGGUUACUCACCGCAGUGUCACUCAAACAGUUGCCUUUUCGUUAGUUUAACUUGUGUACACAUACACACAAAUGUAUACAUUUCUUUUUAAUGACUAACUGUUGUGUGAAUGUGCAUGGAGAGGAUUCUUAGUCCCAGCUGCAAAUCGGAGACCUGACUUGUCCGCACAUAACGCAUUCUGCGGGUUUCAUUGUUUUUAACCCGAAAAAUAUACACACAAGGCAGUAAUCAAUGUGCAAGAAGCUGAAGUGAGGGGCAGAUUAAAAGGAAGAAUCAAGUGCACACAAAGACGCAAAAACAGUUUGAUAACACAACAGGAAUUCGGCAGCACUUGCAGUUUCGCCAGAGCCCUCAUUUGAGCUAACGAAAAAGCAGAAGGAAAAAAAACGGGGUCGAAGUAGUAGUAGGCGUUCUCCGCUGCGCAGCGCCGACGUUGGACAUCUACACCUCGAAUCCUCGGAAUCGUUGCGAAAACAUAUAUAUAUAUUAUUUUUGCUAAGGCCGGAACAACCGUCGGAAAAAUCUCGCCGCGAUGGAUAAUCUAAUAACCAUUGUAAACAAGUUGCAAGAUGCGUUCACAUCGCUUGGCGUGCACAUGCAAUUGGACUUGCCACAAAUCGCCGUUGUUGGUGGACAGUCCGCAGGCAAAAGCUCGGUUUUGGAGAAUUUCGUUGGCAAGGACUUUUUACCACGUGGUUCUGGUAUUGUGACUCGUCGGCCUUUGAUAUUGCAACUAAUAAACGGAGUUACCGAAUAUGGCGAGUUCCUUCACUGCAAGGGCAAAAAGUUCUCCAGCUUCGAUGAGAUACGCAAGGAGAUCGAAGAUGAGACGGACCGUGUGACUGGCAGCAAUAAAGGCAUUUCGAACAUUCCAAUUAAUCUGCGCGUUUACUCGCCGCAUGUCCUCAAUCUCACGCUGAUCGAUUUACCCGGAUUAACCAAGGUGGCGAUCGGUGAUCAGCCCGUGGACAUCGAGCAUCAAAUCAAGCAGAUGAUCUUCCAGUUUAUACGGAAAGAGACAUGCUUAAUUCUGGCCGUGACGCCGGCCAACACAGAUCUGGCCAAUUCGGAUGCGUUGAAGCUGGCCAAGGAGGUUGAUCCGCAGGGCGUUCGCACCAUUGGCGUUAUAACCAAGCUAGAUCUCAUGGACGAGGGCACGGAUGCGAGGGAUAUUCUCGAGAACAAGCUGCUGCCGCUGCGACGCGGAUAUAUUGGCGUAGUGAAUCGGUCACAGAAGGAUAUCGAGGGACGCAAGGACAUACACAUGGCGCUGGCUGCCGAGCGCAAGUUCUUCCUAAGUCAUCCAUCGUACCGUCACAUGGCCGAUCGCCUGGGCACUCCCUACUUGCAGCGCGUCCUCAAUCAGCAGCUUACCAACCAUAUAAGGGACACGUUGCCGGGCCUGCGGGAUAAAUUGCAGAAGCAGAUGCUGACCUUGGAGAAGGAGGUCGAGGAGUUUAAGCAUUUCCAGCCUGGCGAUGCCAGCAUCAAAACCAAGGCCAUGCUCCAAAUGAUUCAGCAGUUGCAAUCGGACUUUGAGCGAACCAUCGAGGGCAGCGGCUCCGCCUUGGUCAACACCAAUGAGCUCUCUGGCGGCGCCAAAAUUAAUCGCAUUUUUCAUGAACGUCUACGCUUUGAGAUUGUAAAGAUGGCCUGCGACGAGAAGGAGCUGCGGCGCGAGAUCUCAUUUGCCAUUCGCAAUAUUCAUGGUAUUCGUGUCGGUCUCUUCACGCCCGAUAUGGCCUUUGAGGCGAUUGUCAAGCGGCAAAUAGCAUGUCUCAAGGAGCCGGUCAUUAAGUGUGUCGAUCUAGUUGUGCAGGAAUUGUCGGUGGUUGUCCGUAUGUGCACAGCCAAGAUGAGCCGAUACCCACGCUUGCGGGAGGAAACGGAGCGUAUUAUUACCACGCAUGUCCGCCAACGGGAGCACAGUUGCAAGGAGCAAAUCCUGCUGCUCAUCGACUUUGAGCUGGCCUACAUGAAUACCAAUCAUGAGGAUUUCAUUGGCUUUGCUAACGCCCAAAACAAAUCGGAGAAUGCUAAUAAAACCGGUACGCGUCAGCUUGGUAAUCAAGUCAUACGCAAGGGUCACAUGGUUAUACAAAAUCUUGGCAUUAUGAAAGGCGGAUCGCGGCCUUAUUGGUUUGUGUUAACAUCCGAGAGUAUCUCCUGGUAUAAGGACGAGGAUGAGAAAGAAAAGAAAUUUAUGCUGCCGUUGGAUGGUUUAAAGUUGCGCGAUAUUGAACAGGGCUUUAUGUCAAUGUCUAGACGUGUCACAUUUGCUUUAUUUAGUCCCGAUGGACGUAAUGUUUAUAAGGACUACAAACAACUGGAGUUGUCCUGCGAGACAGUCGAGGAUGUUGAGUCGUGGAAAGCAUCCUUCCUCCGAGCCGGUGUCUAUCCAGAAAAGCAGGAGACCCAAGAGAAUGGGGAUGAGGAAGGACAAGAGCAACAAUCGCAGAGCGAGGAGAGUUCCUCCGAUCCACAGCUGGAACGCCAGGUGGAGACCAUACGCAACUUGGUUGAUUCGUACAUGAAGAUCGUAACGAAGACCACCCGCGAUAUGGUGCCCAAGGCCAUUAUGAUGCUGAUCAUCAACAAUGCCAAGGACUUUAUCAACGGCGAGCUGCUGGCCCAUCUCUAUGCGUCCGGUGAUCAGUCACAAAUGAUGGAAGAGUCGGCUGAAUCGGCCACGCGACGAGAAGAAAUGCUGCGAAUGUACCGGGCCUGUAAGGAUGCCUUGCAGAUUAUUGGGGACGUAUCCAUGGCAACUGUAUCAUCGCCAUUGCCACCUCCGGUAAAGAAUGACUGGCUGCCCAGCGGCCUGGAUAAUCCACGGCUCUCCCCACCAAGUCCGGGCGGUCCUCGUAAGCCAGCUCCUACCGCACAGGGCUCUAUGGGUGGACGAAAUCCCCCAUUGCCGCCAGCUACUGGUCGUCCAGCUCCAGCGAUUCCAAAUAGACCAGGAGGCGGUGCACCGCCACUACCUGGUGGUCGACCAGCCGGCACGUUGCCACCACCAAUGCUACCAUCACGUCGUUAAGUUGUUGUUCAGCCAUCGCGAGAUAUGUACAUCCAUAGGCCGAGAUCGAUCCACCUUAUAAAAAUUAAUAUAUGUAUCUUGCUGACGAUUUAACCAACACACACACACCCACACAAUAUCGCCAAUAUUGAAAUUGAAAUAUGUAUUUCGACUUUGGUAUUAUUCCGGCAUAAACAGAUAACACGGCAACAACGAUGUGUGAAAUCGAUACAUUUAUCGUUAAUCGUUUAUGAACUAUUGUAGUUAAUAUUUAAUCUGGCGCGUUAAUAAUAUUGAAAAAGAAUUGUUUAUAGACAUAUACAUACAAGCAAACAAAGAAACCAGAAAAAAAGAUGAAAGAAAGAAAGAAACUAGUCGAGAAGCACAUGUUUCCUUUUAUUCCAAAAGAAGUUAGUUUUCUUUAAAGUUUAAACCCUACUCUUACUUUCCCGUGUAUAUAUACAUACAUAUGUAUAUGUAUGUGCUUAUGUAUGUCGAUCGAUGCAUGCAAUCCUUCUACAUCAAAUUAUCCUCCUAAGUCUCGCUUACAACGGCAAAUGCUCAAAAGUUACAUACAUAUAUACAUACAUUUGUAUGGGCAGAUGUCGAGUGACGGAUAUUAACUAAUGAUCUUAAUUAUAAAAGUAAAUAACUAUAAUAUACGGCUUUCGUUAUUACAUAUACAUAAUAUUA